AGAGUGCGCAGUGAAGUCCCGUCCAAACUGAUGUUCCAUGGGUUGGAGUGUACGUAUUUCUCCUCCCCCACCAUCCUGCUGCAUCGGCUUCUGCCGCUCCUUCCAGAGCACUAACACCGACCACGGCAAUAAGGCCACUGCCAAGAUAUCCGGUACUUGCGCAACUGCCACCCAACCGCCAAUUUCCCGCAGUCAAAUGCCGACCAGCUGGUUUCUCCUUAACAGCAGCUGCCGCAAACUGACCGAACUCUCAGGCUUCGAUGCCGUCUCUUUGUUGGAACUUCCAAAACCAAAUUCAGCAGGAACUCACUUCAUUGAUCAAGUGAGGCGGAGGCGGAGGCGAAAGGCAAUAACUGACCGGGAGCAUUUCCUGCAAAAAGAACGUCACCCGGCAACUCUAUUUGAAUGUAGCCCAUCGUCCUCUCAUCUCAGUCAUCCAUCACCGAACUGCAGCAGCGAGCACUAGCAGUUCGAUAUCGCCAAAAUGGGUCGAAAAGACACGAACCCCGCCUGGCGAGAGGCCAAUAUCUGGGAAAAGCCCGAACCCGCCCGGAGAUACAGCACUUGGGGAACCACGACAACGAACACAUGGGCCAGCGAUGAAGUCGACCCCGAAUUCGAGGCUCAGAUACAAACAGAGGAGGAGAAGACCAAGAAGAAGCCAUCAGUAUGGCGGUCUUUGGCGUGUGGGAUGAAGUUUCCCAAAAUGGGCUGGUCAUUCGGACGAAAGAAGAACAAGGAGGGUGCCGCCGCCGAGAACCCCUAUGCCCAGCAACCAGCGGCCGAUCCGUAUGCGAACCAGCACGCGAGCCCUGCUCAGUCUCAGGCUACUCUAUCGAGCACCACUAGCAGUGGCCCCCGUCCCGGUGGUCUGCCUUCCGGUCCGUCCCCGUACCAGAACCAACAAGCUCCUCCUCCUUACUCCGCCGGAGGUCCGGUUCAGCAGCCGCCUGCUGCGGGAAGAUACACCAACGAGAGAUUCGGCACCACGGAUAAAUAUGGUGAUAACCGAUACGAUACCCCUUCCAGCAGCAACCAGAACCGCUACCAGCCCUCCAACGACUCCAAGCAGCAAUACCCUGUUACAUAUGGCGACAACAAGCAGCCAGGCCAGAUUCCUCCUGAUGGGUAUGAGCCGUCUCCCCAGGAACUCUAUGGCAACAAGUAUGGUGUGCCACAGGAGGAGCUCACGGAGGAGCAGAAGGAGGACGUGGAGUUCACCGAUGUCAGAAACGAGAUCGUGAACGAGCAAAAUGCCACCAUCGACACUCUGGAUCGGACCAUGGAGACGAGUUAUGCUGCCCUGGCGAACAUGCGCAAUGCACGACAACAGCUGAGGGAGCAAAACGAGAGGCUGCUGUAUGCCAAGGGAAACAUUGAUCACGGAGCCGCCCAAGCCCGUCAGGCCAAGGAAAGGGUAAAGGAACUCGAACGAGUCAAUCGCUCCAUGUUCCUACCUGUCGGCCACAGCAAGAAGACGCUCGACAGGAUGGACAGGGACCGCCUGCAAGCCGAACUGGAGGAGAAGGAAAUCCGCGAGCAGAACGCCCGCGAGCUCUACAAGAACCGUGCACAGGCGCAGAUGGCCGGCAUGAAGCCUAAGAAGCUGGGUCUUGGCGGCGGCGCUGACAACAAGAAGAAGUACGCGCUGGAGGAUGAUGAGGAGAUGGACCAGAACGAGAACGCCAUCAACACGAAGAUUGCGCUGAUGGAGCAGGUUGCGGGUGAGCUCAAGGAGGGUGCGCUGGAUAUUGGCGCGGGUCUGGAUCUCAGUAAUAGGUAUAUUGAGACCAUGACUGAGAACACCGAUAGACUCAACAUCGAGGUUCGCAGAAACAAGAUGGCGCUCGAAAGGUUCUAAACAGGAUGAUUUGGGAUGUUGUUGGUUCGGUCGGAUGGUUUGGAAUGGCCGGAGUUUGUUGAUAUUAACUUUUGCUGCGAACAUGCCGUACACACUUUCUUCAGCGUUUAUGUUGAUACUGUGGGUAUACGGAACGUUUUAUCAUUCAAAAAUGUUUCUGCGGUGAGUCUGGUGUAGGGUCCUUCCUCGAUGAUGGGUUCGGUUCGGGAAAUAUGUCAGAAGGCAGGCCGUUGCAAUGAUUCGGUAAAUAUCUACUAAUAGACUAAGUCAUGUACUGUCGGUGUCCUUAGGUGGUGAAGUGUCCGUUGACUUCUGACUCCCAUCCUAGGUUAAACGCUGACUUGUGAAUGAGACAAGCACGAGG